AUGCAGUCAAUUACUUCGUUCCUGGCGUUCUGCGCAUUCCACACGCAGGUGUCCGCCCUGGCACUGCAGGGGGCAGGCGCCAGCGGCCGCGCUGUGGCGGCAGGCCGCGAGGAGGCCGCGCUGAGGUCUGAGAUGAUGUCCGCGAUGAGCAAGCGGCAGCCGUUGAGCAGAACGAAGAUAUUCGAGACCAGCCUGAACUCCUCGAACGACACCUCGAACGAGACCUGCCUGAACGAGACGAUCCCCUGGCUCCAGAUCGGCUUCGCCAUGGACUGCACCGGCAGCACCCAACCGUACCUCGACGCCCUGAAGACGACCGUGUACGACCUGGCGGUCGAGUUCAACGCCUCUGUCAGUCUGUUGCAGAUGGCGUUCCUAUGCUACCGCGACGAAGGUGAUGUGACCCCGCCCCGCUACGAGUGGGCAGUGCAUCCCGAUCCGCUCUCGCACUGGUUUGAGGACCCCGUCCAGCUGCAGAACGAGAUCGCCCCAUUCUACUCCAUGGGCGGCGGCGACUCUCCCGAGGACAACGCCGGCGCGAUGGGGCAAAUGCUGCACAACAAUCCUUGGGAUCCGAGCGCAGUGAAGAUCCUCAUGGUGAUCUCAAAGGACAGGGACUCCAUGAGGACGCCUUACGACACCGACGCCAGCCAGUGCCAGCUCAUGCAGGAUAUCAGGGCUGCGAACAUCAGCCUGAUUCUGGGGCACCUGGACAACGGCGUGCUCACCUCGAUGCUGUACGACUCGACGCACAAGCCCACGGACCCCUGGCGCGGAUGCUACGCGGACCCCUCCGACCCGCACCAGCUGAAGGAGGUCCAGUUCAUGGGCGUCAGCGCCCAUAACUUCAGCUCCAUGCUGAUCGAGGAGAUCUGUGACACCAUCGACGGGCCUUCGGUUCAGGUGGUCCCGACGCCCGCCCCCACCGACGCGGGGGGAGCGACGGACGACCCUCACGUUGUGAACCUCGGCGGCGAGAAGUUCGAUGUCAACAUGCCCGGCAGCUACGUGCUGGUCAGGGCCCCCCGGGACCCGCGGCUGCCCGCCAAGCUCGAGCUGAACGCCUCAGUCCAGCCCUUUGCGGGCCACCCGUGCGGCAACUACAUCCAGAGCGUGGAGCUGAGCGGCGAGUGGCUGGGCGGUCAGGUGGUGCGCGUCGUGCCGCUCCACGCAACGCGGAGGGCCCGAACGGCGCAGGCUACGACGCCACGCUUGAGGUGGCCCAGGCGGCCCACCAGGCGCUGA